UACGUGCUGCAAGGCGAUCUUCCCGGCGAGUUACUUGGCGGUGAAGAAACGCACUUCGACUUACUCGAGGACGCUCUUCAACUGGUCGACUUGGGAGAGAAGGAUGAACCGCAGGCGGUAGAGGGUAGCAGCGGUGAGAUGCUGCACCCGGCGAUGCGGCAUGUGCCGCACCACCCGCUCGCCCAUUACCACAACCAGUCGCUGAUGCGGUCGAUGUCCGUGGAGCAACGCUGGCAAGAUCUGGCGUCUCUGCUGACCAUCCCACCUCCACCGGACCAGUACCAGCACUACCAGCCCCACGGCCACCCCCAUCCGCAUCCGCAUCCGCAUCCGCACCCGCACCCGCAUCAUAACAUCAGUGCUCACGGCGCGGCAGGCUAUGCCCCGAACUAUCACCAUGCGCCCCCGCCGAUGCCUCCCGUGCCGGAAAAACACCCAGAUGCUUACGCAGGGGCAGCGGCGCCUCUCGAAGGAGCUUACAAAGUGGAAUCUGCUCAUCACCCCCAGCAGCAUGAUGGGCUUUACUACCAGAACUCGUCGACGGAGAUGGCGCCACCGGGCAACCAGGACGGUUUUCUGCAGUCCAUCCUGAACGAUGAGGACCUGCAGCUCAUGGACAUGGCGAUGAAUGAAGGCAUGUACACAAUGCGAAUGUUGGAAGGAGCAGGCGCCGCCGCGCACCAUCCUCACCACAACCACUCGCAUAUGAUGCUUGCAGAGAGGGACUCAGCUUCAGACAGUGCCGUCUCCUCGAUGGGUUCAGAACGUGUUCCUUCUCUCUCGGACGGAGAAUGGUGUGAUGGAAGCGACAGCGCGCAGGAGUAUCACAGUUCAAAAUUCCGUCCGUAUGACAGCGCGUACGGACGGGAUCGCUCGGCACCGCAUCAACCGCAGAAGAAACACCAUAUGUUCGGCAAAAGAUGCUUCCAGGAGCAGCAGCAACAACAGCAACAACAACAACAGCCUACUCUCGAGCCACUGGUGCCAUCGCGCCCCGGCAUCGUCAAGUACGAAUGCCCUGAACAGACGUACCACCAUGAUAGCAUGCAUAUGCAUAACGUAGAGUUCAAUGGACGCCAUCAACUGGCAGGGCCUCAAGUGCCGAGCCUGCAGCCGGCCCUGGAUCUCAACACGGCCCACUCCAGCCACGCGCUUUUACAGAGCGGCGUGUCGUCUCCGUCGCGCUUCGGCUACGCGGGCUGCGAGCGCGUGCGCCACAACCACACGUACAGCGCGCCGCUGCAGCCGCUCCAGCCGCUGGCGCCGCACGACCGCCCCGCCGCCGUCCGGGACAAGCGAGUGCGCCGGCUGACGGAUGGCAGCAUGUCCGAUGGCGGUUCCUCGAGCGGGCACCACCUAAGUCGUGACGAGAAACGCGCCAAAGCUCUCGGCAUCCCAAUGGAUGUACAGGACAUAAUAAACCUGCCCAUGGACGAGUUCAACGAACGGCUCUCAAAACAUGACUUAAGUGAGACACAGCUGUCGCUCAUCAGAGACAUUAGACGGCGUGGGAAGAACAAGGUGGCAGCACAAAACUGCCGCAAACGCAAACUGGACCAGAUCACCUCACUCGCUGACGAAGUUCGCACUGUCCGCGAUCGCAAACAACGCGUCCAAAGAGACCACCACACGCUCCUAGCCGAACGACAGCGAAUCAAGGAGCGGUUCGCGCAGUUGUAUAGACACGUAUUCCAGAACCUGCGCGACAACGACGGCCGGUCACUGUCCUCUUCGCAGUUUUCGCUGCAGCAGGCCGCCGACGGCAACGUCGUGCUUGUGCCUAAGAUGCCGCAACAUCCUGAUCACCCAAUGAACAGAAGUUCGGAAGACGAAAUGGACCGCAAACAGUGACCACCGCUCCCCGCACAGUCCCUGCACCUCGCACCCGCGAGAUGGUUCUCUGACAGUCUGUGAAAUCACUUUUCUAACCGUGUCUAUUUUUGUCUACUUGUAUAUUUCGUCUAUAUAGACAGACAUACAAAUAACCACAGAAGCAAUCUACAAUUUCUAACUUUGUCUAAUUGAUGACAGUUGACAUUUGUUUUGUACACUAUGUCUAUAUAUUUAUAUAGACAUUGUAUACAUGCAUUAGUUAAUUAACUACGGUAUAUACAUAGUAUAUUAUUGUAUACAAAUCAGUACCAUACUGACAGUAUGUAAAAUUAACAUUUCUAAUGUUGUCUAUUUUUAUGUCUACUGUCUAUUUGUGUAUUACAGAUGAUAAUAAAUGUAAAAUAGGAUAAGGUUGUAUACAAGCUGUCUUCAAUUGAAGUGCUGUAGUGUUUUGUCUGAACGUGGUGAAGGAUUUGGGAGACCCUCGCCACGUUCCGGCAUUUAAAAAAAAAACAUUUUAAGGUCUAACAUAACUUGUACGCCUUUAUAUUAAUUUAGCCGAGAAAGUAAAUGGACUGUCAAGUCAUUUAGAUUGAAGAUAUCAUCUCAAAAAAAUAUGUGAUAAGAGAUAAAAAAAUUCCAUUUUUUUAUAGUUUUCUGUGUAGAUUAAUUUCAAUAUUUGAUUUUUACAUUGUUGUCUACAUGAGGAGGUCUGUGCUCAAUAGCGGACACACUAUAUAGCACUUUUAUUAUAUGCACCAUUAAAAUUUCGCUUUAAAUCACACAAAACAACUGUUGAAUGUGACAUGUCAAUUAUCUCGUUUCAAAAUAUGACACGUUACUUAUAUCUUCAAAUAUGACGCGUGACUUAUGUCAUUUCGAAUAUGCCACGUCAAAUUUAACCUGUGCAAAGCUAACAAAACAAUGUCAAUGGCUACAACUUGCAUUGAUUUUCUCUGAACCGCCUUAUGGUUUAGUGACAACAGUGUACUUAUCAAAUUUAGUUUUUUGGGUUCGCAUAGUUCUUUUUAGAAUAAUUAACAAGGUAACACGUUUAUUUAUUGGCUCCGUGCGGUAAUAACGCCCUGACUAAAAGCAAUUUAGCAUUCGUCUUCAAAAUGAACCCUACCGGGAAUUGACUCCUUUAUGUCCUUGUAAUAUUAAGAAUAUCACAAUUUAUUACUUACAAUGAUAUUCAAUUUUUUUUGCGAAAUUACUCCACACGUUUGUUACAAUUAUUAAUACAAAAAUCUAAUAUUAAGAAAACAUCCAAACUUGGCUAAGUGAUGAAAAACUUUCAUAGAUUUCUCACAAUGGCGCCAUUGUGAGAAAUCUACGGCAGAAAAAAUCUACCACAAACACAUAGAAAGAUUCUUUAUGUCUGCUGGUUCGUUCCGUAGCUCAGUUUGGAGAGCGUCAGGCACGGUGUGCUGAAGGCAAUGGUUUUGCAGGAUUUUUUCUUAGUAUUGGAGCUUUGCAUACUUAUUAUUAUGUCACAUUUGAUUACAAAAUUUGUGGCGC